GAUACUGACAAACUUGGUUACAAAGGGCAUGUCCUGUGUGUUGAGGCUUUCAAUAAAGCCAUGGAGUCUAAAGACAUUUUCCCUGAAGCUAACAAGGAUAUCAAAAUCCUUGACGCUGGGGCCGGCACUGGAAUCAUCGGUGAAAUGCUGGUGCAGCAAGGGUAUAGCAAUAUUGAUGCCUUGGACAUUUCUGAAGAAAUGUUGAAUUUUGCAAAAAAGAAGAAUAUUUACAAGCGAUAUAUCUGUGCUGCAUUGAGUGACGUCCCCAUUGACGACAUACAGACUGGCGAGUAUGAUGUAACUUUGUGUGCAGGUACUAUAGUCUAUGGACAGGCGAAGCCAGCAGCACUGGAUGAGUGUGUCCGUCACGUAAGACCAGGUAAAGUCUUAUUGCUAUAUCUAUUGUAAGGAUACUAUGCUCUCUUCAUGCAAUUCAAAACCUAGGUGGAGUAGGGAGGCAGUCUUUUACUCUCACAUUAACAGGGUUCGCAAAUACGCCAAAUUUGGCGUAUUUUACGCCAAAAUUGUUCAGAUGACUCCACCGAGGUUAUAGAGGGAGUCACUUCGACUCCAGGAAUUUUCAGCAACAAGCAGGGAGUUCUUCGGCUCCAGAAAUUUUCGGUAAGAAACACAGUUUUGUCCUUACCUUUUUUGCAACAAAUGCAAUUUACGUUAAUUGUAAACAUUGUAAACCUUAAUUAAAUCAUCGAAAUUGAAGAAUUAUACUGCACGACAAAACAGGAAGAGAAAAAAUUAUGAGCAAAGUUUACUCGAUGACCGCCGUCAUGGAUUUGAGUUUUCCAGGUCAGCAGACCACCACAGCUACUUCGUGUAUCCCUCACGAUAGUGUAUGCAUGCCAGGACCACGUACUGGAAAGUCUGAAAAUGUCUUUUUUCGUUGUGAUACUUGACUCCAAAUAUUCCAAAAUGACUCCAAAAUUUGUGAAGCAGAAGUCACACUGACUCCACUCAUCAAUGAAAUUUGCAAACCCUGCUUUAAGUUACUUUUGUUGAGGUUUUUAAUAAUCACUAAUUUGAUAACCUUAAGUCUGGAAAAAGAACUUUACGUGUUGAAAAAAGUCUUGCAUCCAAAAAUCUGUUAUGAACCCUUAUUGACAAUUAAAUAAAGUAUUUUCCUCUCAUGUAGACUUUUUCUAAUCUUGUUUUAAAAAUGUUAGUCAUUGUCAUCAGUAGUCCUAGUUAAGGACUACACUGGGCCAAACAAUCAUUUGUCACCAGACUCAUUGUCAACCUUGCUCGUAAUCUUUUGUUGUCUUUCUCCAGGUGGUCUCUUCAUUUUUUCCAUCCGUGCAGAUUCCUUUGAUCCUGUUGAGCUCGGUUACAGCACCAAAUUUGAGGAGAUGGAGAAAGCAGGAAAGUGGAGUCUAGUGAACAGAGAGAGGCGUGAACUAUAUGCUCAUCCUUAUGAAGAGAGAUUUAGGGACUGUUACUUGAUCACUUACAAAGUGCUCAAGAACUGA